CAUACACCUCUGCAUUUGUGAAGGAGGAAAACAGCAUUUUCUGUGCUGAAAAGAUUGAUUUUAUUUUUUAAAUGAAGUUAGGUCCUUGCAGAAGAUGAGGAAAGGCACAGAGGAUCCUUUCCAGUAUGAGCCUGGACCUGGGUCUUCACACUCUGAUGGACCAAGCUCACCUCAACCAUUUACAGUGCAGGAAUAUAUUUCCAACCUCUCUGAGGAGGACUGGAUGGCUUUCAGCAGCCUGUUGAAUCCCCCUAUGACAAGGAGCCAGUUUGUGGAGAUUUGUCAGACUGUGUUGAAGGUGGCCAGCUCUAGCUCCAUGGGUCUGAUUCUACCAGCGUUUGCGCGUAUGGAGAGAGAUCUGGAGUGCUACUCAUACAGCCCCUCAAGGUUUAAAAGUGCAGGCUCGUCCUCCUCAGAUAGGACCACUGGAGCUCCUGUAGGUCUGGGCGGCAUGCUGCGGAUGCAAGGUGCCCUGGCAGCCUUCCACAAGUGCACUGCAGCAUGGCGGCGUCCUGUCUCAGCUCUUGCUAAUGCUGUUCGUCCUUCCACCGUGACUAAGCUUCGCAUUUACUGUGCCAAGCGCAGGCCUUCUCCUGACCUGCCUGACGUUACGGUGACGCGACCUUCCACUGUGACUGAGCUUCGCGUUUACAGUGCCAAUCGCAUGGCUUCACUUGAUCUGCCUGAAGUUGUUAGUGUGCUGCGACAAGAGGGUGAAUCCCAAGACCCAACAGGCAUCGACAGGAUAUUGGAGAAAGUGUUGUCCAACGAAGGCAUCGACCACGUCGCCAAACACCUGGUUGACCAAAUGCAUGGUGUUCUACAGGAGGGUAGGCUGCCUGAGACUACAAGCCAAUGCAGCCCUAGCUCACAGCUGACUGAGAUGUACUCUUAUGCAGAGGCAGCAAUCAAAGACUUGCUCCAGCCUUAUUUUCUGCCUCUUGUGGCUCACGCUGCUUCUGUGGACAAUGCAGAAUUCAGAGGUGCUGCUUUUGCUGCCGCUGAUGCAGUAGAUGGUGUUCAAGCCAAAGCAAAGGCUGAGGACGCAAUAUCUUCUCAGAGCAGGGCCCAAAGCGCCAGGUCAAGCACUGCCAGCUGUGAGCUGGACACAAUCCAUCCAGACUCCUCUGCAUUGCAGGUGCAUGCCAGCAUGGUGAGCUUCUUCACCGACCUGAUGGUCAACCAGGUGUUGGACAAGCUUCACUUGGACAUACCUGCUCAGCAGGACGCUGCAGAUGAACCAGAUACAGCAAGCGCAGGAGGACCUGAUGGUUGCUUGACCAGUGUCCUCAUGUUGCGUCUGUUGGCGAACAUGAGGGAUGGAGGGAGAUCCUCCGUUGAUAAGGGGCUUCAAGAGCUCAUUGAUAAAAUCCUCUCAGAGCUCAGCGGUCCCUCUGGAGUGCCAAACGUCCAUGGCUACUUAAACAACACCGGGAUUCAGAACAUCAACAGGACCAUGGAGAAGUUCCUGCUGAAGGAGUUUGGCUCCAAAAACAUCCUGCAGAGAGCAGCGAACCCAAAGGACAACUCGUUUAACAUGACCUUUCUGGCAAAGUUGAGGGAAGUCUUGAAUGCAGAAGCCACUGGUGCCCCAUCUGCCCUGAGUGGCUCAGCUUUCCCCGGGUCAGACUCAGGGCCAAAAGCAGCAGGUGGAAUGAAAACAGGGAAGAAAUCCAAAUUUGGAGUGAAGAUACCAAACAGACGAAAGCGAAGCUCAAAGGUGUCUCCAAUCGGUGUUGCUGCUGACAAGGGUCAACAAACAGUUACACCUGCUCCAUCCGGGAACACCUCUGCUGCACCUGCUGAUAAAGUGAAGCCUCGUAAACGCUCCUGGAUCAAGAAGCUGUUCAGCUGCUGCGUGCCAAGUGAAACUCAAUUUUGAACAAACCCCACACACCCAGCACCAUCCACACCCUAAUGAUUCCUCCAUCCCCAUCCAUUCCAUAUCCAUAACCAAUGUCAACACACACACAAUUAUAUUUUGAGAUGUAACAGAGAAAACCUCGUAUCACCCCACAAAACACACACAGCAUUAAUAUUAAAGCAAA